GGGCUGACAAUAUCAGGAAAUACUGGAGUCGUUACUACCAAGGAUCCCAAGGGGUAAUAUUUGUAUUAGACAGCGCCUCCUCUGAAGAUGAUCUAGAAACGGCUAGGAAUGAACUGCAUUCUGCUCUCCAGCACCCACAGUUAUGUACUUUGCCGUUUUUAAUACUGGCCAAUCACCAAGACAAGCCAGCAGCUCGCUCCGUACAAGAGAUAAAAAAAUAUUUUGAACUUGAGCCACUUGCACGUGGAAAGCGUUGGAUUCUUAAACCCUGCUCCUUGGAUGAUAUGGAGGCAGUAAAAGACAGCUUCUCCCUUCUAAUAAACUUGCUAGAAGAGAGAGACUUCGAACCUUCAAGAAUGUGA